AUGAGACCUCUCCCUACAAUCCACAUCAUUGGCGGUGGAAUCGGUGGCUUGACUCUAGCCAGAUGCCUCAAGAACAAAGGCAUCCAAGCCAUUCUCUUUGAGAAGAGCCCCUCUCCCGCUCGGCACCAUUAUGGAAUUUCUUUGCAACCAAGGACGUGCGAGGCUCUGCUGAAAGUCCUCGGGAUGGAUGAGUCUACGUUUUGUCAGCGAGUGGCUGUUGACGGUCUAAAUGGAGGACGGGGUUUGGUCUAUCCUGAGAGUGGAACAAGAUCAGAUGCUUUGAAGGGGAGGGUCCCUUUUCGAGCUCAUCGUGGAAGAUUGGAAGGUGUUCUGAGGGAGUCAUUGGAUAUUCAGUGGGGGCACGUGCUCGGAGACAUCGAAAGCAGGGGAGCAGAACUUGCUCUGAGCUUCAAAGAGAAGGAUGAAGUACGGAGUACCUUCUUAGUGGAUACUAGUGGAGUUCAUUCCCCCAUUCGGAAAGCCUUACUACCCGAUGCGCAACUCAAUAUCUUGCCGUAUGUCGUCUUCAGAGGAACACGGCAUAUCGACCAUACUACUUUUAAGAAAAUUUAUGAACCAAGAUUCGAAGGUGGGAAUGUCCUUGAGACAAGGAAAGGCGAUGUCCUACUGCAGAUCUCGAUUAAUGAUCGAGGCAAAGGUGAGGUCGGGGUGGAUAUCAGCUACAUCUAUUCCCAUCCAGCUCACCAAGAUGACCAACUUCAUCGACCCGUCCGAGAGUUGCAGCAGGCAGCUGAUAUCUCAGAGCUCUUCUUCGCAGAGACUUCCAAGCUACAGGAGUUGGAAAAUCCGAUCAAAGAUGCUUUCGAUGGGGACAAAAUAAGAGGUGAUCGGAUCUUGCACUGGCUUAUGAGGGAUAUUCUUAUCCCAUUGGAUGACUUGAAGAGCCUCGCUGAGAGGGGGCUUUUGCUGAUAGGCGAUGCUGCUCAUGCGGCGCCUAUCCUGGGUGGAGAGGGUGGGAAUUCUGCUCUUGCAGAUGCGGUUGAUUUGGCGGAGUGGAUUGAAAGUUGGGGACUUGAGGACGUUGGGGGAUUUUAUGAGAAGAGGUAUGGUGAGUGGGAAUUGGAAGUGAAGGAGAGUGAGGAGAGAUUGGUGGAGAUGCACUCGGUUUCGAGAUCUUCCCUUUGA